GGAGAGAUUUGCAUUGUUCCUUUUUUAUCUCCUUCAUUUGGAUUGGGUGUACCCAUCAUUUGGAUUGCUUCUCCUGUUUCCGCCCUUCACUCGGAUAUCUGUGGAUAAUAUAAUAUGGUCUUCUCGCCUCGUACUUAUUCUUCUGCCAUAAAAAGCUCACAAAUAUCAUCUACUCCUCUUUGGCGCUUGUGAAGCUUUCACUCCUUUCUCAUCUCCUAUUCUCUCUGGAUUCAACAACAUCUCCCUUGAAUGUACUUAUAUUCUAUUGGUUUUGUCCAAUUCCUAAACAGAGAUUUAUAUGUAUUAUGUACCCUUACAGCCACCAGUUUCUUCCCUGUUUUCAUUGCCACCCCCAGGCCUAUAUCCGGAAGGUCCAACACCUGAUAGAGAGAUGCUUGCUGCUUCAUAUGAGUCGAGAUGAGUGCGUGAAGGCAUUGGCGCACCAUGCAAACAUUCGCCCUCUCAUAACACAUACAGUGUGGAAAGAGCUUCAGAAAGAGAACCCCGAAUUCUUCCGGGCAUAUUUCCGCACUAUUUCUCGCCAUCCAUUCCUCACCAAAUUCAUGACGAGGAGUGUGCCCAGAACCACGAGAAGACAAUAUCAGUAGAGGUGACCCGUUGUUGAAGUGUUUCAAUCGCGUAUUCUUCUAUAGUUCAACUGGUUAAGAUGUAUAGAUUAAGUAGUAGGUGUUGGACGUGGGCGUAUUCUUGGGCGUGCAGAAGCAAGGAGAGAGAUGGAGCAUUUUAUGUGGAGUGCCUCCUCCUAAGAGGAACUCCACCCCCAAACAACUUUCUGAUUUGGAUGAAUAAGCCUUUGGUAAUUGAAUAAUACUUAUUUUUCUGAAAUAAAUAGAGCAUUGGUUGGCAAAGGACAAAAUAGAAGCCUUUUAAUUAAUAACACACCAGUUGUCAAGCUUUUUAA